AUGAAUAGAAUACUCCCCGUGUAUGUGAUAGCCAUUUCGUGCCUCCUGUCAAACAUAAAAUGUUUCGCGACGGGUGUCUACGACGGAAGUGGCCGUCAUAAUUGUUCCAGCGUCUUUUGUUCAUACGAUAAAUUAUCAAAUAUUUAUAACAAUUCUAAGUUUAUCUUGACGGAGCUGGAAAACAUUUUGUACGAUGUGAGGGAUGAGAAGAAUGCUUAUCAGUCAGAACACGAGCGUGACAAAUCACUAAAUCUCGAAAUAAAAUUCCCUAAUCCUAACGAUCAUGAAAAUUUGUCAUACUUAUAUCCGGACGAGGAGUAUGAAAAUGAAAGCAGUUUUGGUGAGCCCGUUCCGUAUAUCAUCAUUAGCAGGAUGGACGAUGACGACUUCGAGCAGAACAUACUAAGUAAGACCCCGGAGCGCCUAAACGACUGGGAAAAUAGGGAACUGACCAACGAAGAACAGGUGGACAUGGCCUUCUCAAGAAUACGUGACCUUGAAGAACAACAGAAGCGCUUUUCAGAGGAGAAGAGGAAAUUUAAUUUGAAGAAGUACCUACGAUGA